AAUUCUAAUGAUUUCAUCAAUCCUUCUUACUCUCUAUAUUCUAUUCCAUAGUUUAAACAGCAUUUACUCUAAGGAGAAAUCUGCACCAGUGUGACAAUAUAUGACUUUAAAAGAAAAAUAUAAUCAUCCUUCAAGAGGGCUUUUUUUGUUGUUGUUGUUGUUUGUUUCCCAGAAGACACGGGCUCAAAUGAUUCUUUCACGACUUCAGACCGGUCCUGUAACUGUGGACUCGUGGAAGUGUUGGAUUGUUUGAAUUGUAACCGCUAGAGGGAUACAUAUACGCCUUCCAAAGUCCGUAAACACCAUCCUAUCACUCUGUGCCACUGAGAGAAUUGCCGUCAGUGAGUUGCCUACCUGUGUGACUUCCCACUAUGAAAAAAAAAAAAAAAAAAAAACAACCCACACAGCCCCGGAACAUUUGAAACAUGACUUGUUCUUUAAAAGACUUUAACAGCCUCUAAAAGCGGACGGCGAGCUCCGACUCCUCCAAGUGUAUCAGCUUCAGGCAAUCAUUGAGGACCGCGAUGGUUACUUCUGCAGCUCUCUGUCCCUCUGUCUCUCCUUCGCCUUGCCAGAUAUUAUAGAGCAUUUCAACUUUUGUGCAGGCAGGCACACGGGGAAAGGGGGAGAAGUUUUGGAUUUGAUUUUUGCUCACAGUUCACCUCUUGUUUUCCUGUAAUAAAUAUGAGAGGUCGGUUUGCUGUCACUUUUCUUUGGGAUUUAAUAGGCUAUGUGCCAUUUCUUAUGCUGUUUUACGGGUAGGAUAAGGAAACACCAAAAAGGUGUGACAAGAGCUUGGCGGACAACUGUGGAUUUCUGCGAGUAACUCCUACCGUCCAAAGGGGAUGAGGGGGGCAUCGGCCGGACCCCCCUCUUGAUUGAUUACUUAUUAGUCAUCCCUUUGGCUAAAUGGGACCCAUUGAAAAGGCACCGUGGAACACAUACAUGAAUCAAAUAUUCCUGUGUCCCCUGAAUGUCUCCAGAGUAGUUUUGCUUAAGAGAGGGGGUCGUGGCUUAGCAUUAUAAAGAGGGAAAAACAGCAUAGCUUUAUGGGUUUAUUUAGACAGUUUCUACGGUUUGACAUUCUACCGCUGUAAAAAGAGAGAAGGAAAAACUCGAGAGGAUCCCAAAGAGAAGAACAUUGUGGACAUAUUUUUUUUUUCUCGUAGUUGUUUCUUUUAUUUUUGUUAUUUUUUUUAUUAUUAUUGUUUUUUAUUUUUUCCUCUUAUUUUUUAAAUAUUUUAUUUUUUGUGCCAUUUCUUUUCCCGAAAAAUGAAACUUUGGACAUCACCCUGGGUGUCUUGCCUGGUGAUUCUCAUCUUGUGUUUUGGAUCAGAGUGCGGGACAGUCCGGAGAAAGGGGAGAUCCAAGAGGGAGUUGGUGCGCAUUAGGGAGGCGAAAGCCACCAUCCCUGGGGCUUGUGCCACACGUCUGCCCCGGGGCAAACGGUCUUUGCCCGGCUUGGAGCGACGGGUGCUCCGCCAGCGCCGGCGCUCCUCGCGGGCGGAGGAAAACUCUCUUGACCGGGGGAAAGCUGUGUAUUUUACCGGCAGGGGAGAUCAGCUACGACUGAAGCCCGGCGUGGAGAUACCCAGAGGCAAUUUCACUCUGGAGAUGUGGAUCAAACCGGAGGGAGGUCAGCGAUCGCCCACAGUGAUUGCAGGCCUAUACGACAAAUGCUUCUAUGCGUCCAGCGACCGAGGCUGGCUGCUUGGCAUCCAGGCGGUCAGUGAAUACGGGAACCGUGACCCUCGCUUCUUCUUCUCCCUUAAAACUGACCGUGCCCACAAAGCGACCUCCAUCCACUCCAAUGCCCGUUACAUACCCAACCAAUGGGUACAUGUGGCAAUAACGUACGAUGGUGUGUACAUGAAGCUCUUCGUCAACGGGGCCCAAGUCGGCGUAAGUCGGGAGCAAUCUGGUGAUGUCUUCAGUCAUUUGACCAAAAAGUGCAAAGUGCUGAUGAUUGGUGGAAAUGCACUCAAUCAUAAUUACAGGGGGGCAGUGGAAAGGGUGGGUUUAUGGAGGCAGGCCCGACAGCAGAAGCAUAUUAUCAGGGAUAUGCAGGGCCAUGAAGACCCCCAAGAUCUACCUCAGCUGGUCAUCCGUGAAACAUUUGAGCACCCAGGCCGGAAGUGGUUGACUGUAAAAGAUGGUAGCUUUCCUCAGCCUGAGCAAGGAGGAGGAGGAGGAGGAGGAGGAGGAGGAAGACCAAUGAUUCAGGGUGGUGGGGGAAUUGGAAAUGCUGAAGGACUAUUGGACACAAGCCUGGAGCCCCCAUCUUGUGGUCAAACUGUUUGCGACAAUGUUGAGGUCAUUAAAAACUACAACCAGCUUUGGACCUUCCGUCGGCCCAAGAAAGUCCGGUAUCGUGUCAUAAACAUUUGGGAUGAUGCGAGGACAAGGCCAACCGUAUCAGACCACCAGGUCAACCUGCAGCACCAGCAGCUUAACGACGCCUUUAGCCCCUACAACAUCACCUGGGAGCUCAGCAUUCACAAUGUGACCAACUCCUCCCUGCGUAACCGAUUGAUUCUAGCUAACUGUGAUAUCAGCAAAGUCGGCGAUGAUGCAUGUGACCCAGAAUGCAACCAUCCACUGACAGGGUAUGACGCAGGUGACUGCAUGUCUGGGCAUCGGAGCCGCUGCCCUGAUCACAAGCAGGGAAAUGGCAUAUGUGACCCUGAAUGUAACUGGGAGAACUUCUUCUAUGAUCUCGGUGACUGCUGUAACCCCAAUGUGACGGAUGUGACCAAGACAUGCUUCAACCGCUCCUCUCCACACAAAGCCUAUUUGGACGUGAAAGAGCUGAAAGAAAUUUUGCAUUUGGAUGGCUCGACUCACCUGAAUGUUUUCUUUGCCAAUUCUUCUGAUGAAGAUCUGGCGGGGGUUGCCACUUGGCCCUGGGAUAAAGAGGCCCUCACGCAUUUGGGCGGGAUCGUACUGAAUCCGUCCUUCUAUGGAACAUUCGGCCACACUGACACGAUGGUCCACGAGAUCGGCCACAGCCUCGGCCUUUACCACGUGUUCCGAGGCAUUUCAGAAAUCGAAUCGUGCAACGACGCGUGCUUGGAAACGGAGCCCUCGAUGGAGACCGGAGAUCUCUGCGCGGACACCAACCCCACUUCCAAAUACAAGGGCUGCAACGAUCCCGACCCGGGCAACGAGACGUGCGGCUCUCGGUAUUUCACCCACACGCCGUUUAACAACUACAUGAGCUAUGCAGAUGACGCAUGCACGGACUCCUUCACGCUGAACCAGGUGGCCAGGAUGCAUUGCUACCUGGACCUCAUCUACCAGACGUGGCAACCUGCGUCCAAACCUCCCCCGGUGCCAAUGUCUCCCCAAGUGGUUGAGCAGCAUCAUAAUUCCAUCACGCUGGAAUGGUUUCCACCCAUUUCUGGACACUUUUAUGACAGAGAAGUGGGAUCAGUGUGUGAUAAAUGUACUGAGGGGAGAGUUCUACUGCAGUAUGCCUCCAACUCGUCUUCUCCGCGACCGUGCGCCCCGUCCGGUCACUGGUCCCCACGAGAGGCUGAAGGUCCUCCAGAUGUGGAGCAGGCCUGUGAGCCAAGUGUGCGCACCUGGAGCCCCAAUGCAGGGAUUGAGCAAGGUGUCGUUGGCCUGUCAGAGUGCCCCCUCCAGGGCUGCAUGCUUCAGCUAGAGUUCCCGUACCCGCUGAUACCUGACUCCUUGACCGUGUGGGUCACCUUCUUCAGUCCCGAAGAAACAGCACUGCCCGCUAUCCAUAACAUCUUGCUGCUGACUGUUCGUGGGAACAACAUUUCACUGGGUCCCAGUAAUGUUUUCUGUGACACCCCAUUGACUCUGAAGCUGGACAUAGAGGAAGAGGUGUACGGCGUUCAGUUUUACACCAUGGAGCAACACCUGGAGAUUGACGCCACUCUCUUGGCGUCCAAGCCAGACUGCAGCCUUUGCAGGCACUGCCAGCCACUACGCUACCGCCUGUUGCGCCAGCCGCCCUUCACCCACGCACCACAUGGCCUGAUGUUGAAUGAACCGUCCCGCCGAUAUACAGACAGGGAUGUGGCACCACAUGUUGUGUAUACUUACCAGGUCCAAACAAUCUCCAGCCAGAGCGAGAGCGAGCCGUCCCCACCCCUGUUGCAUGAACUUGGGGCUUCCUACUGCGGGGAUGGACACAUCCAGAGCUCCAAAGGGGAAGAAUGCGAUGAUAUGAAUUCUAUGAAUGGGGAUGGCUGCUCCAGUCAGUGCAGGAAGGAGGCCUUCUUCAACUGUGUUGGAGAGCCAAGCAUGUGCUACUACUAUGACGGCGAUGGGGUGUGCGAAGACUUUGAGCGGGAGACUGGCGUGAGAGACUGUGGCCUCUACACCCCCAGUGGUUACCAGGAUCAGUGGGCUUCCGCGGUCGAGGUUUCCCAUGAAGAAAAGCCCUACUGCUCUGGCGAGGUUGCUGCUGGGUAUCCGGCUGUUACUAAGACAUGUCAGUCCAAGGUGUUCGAUCUAUCCGAUGGCGUGUCCCAGUAUGCAUGGUUCCCCUGUCGUGAGUCCCAUCAAUCUUCUUGGGGAUAUUCUACCUAUUGGUUGAAGGCUUACUUUUCUCAUCCCAUGGUGGCUGCAGCCGUAAUUAUACACCUGGCUGCUGAUGGGACCGGCUACAUUGAUCAGACACAGUGUAAUAUCACUGUUCAGCUGGUGGACACCAAGGAGGGCAUCCAUAGUCUAGGUGAGUGGCGUCUGAGUUGCCGCACUAACCCUUUGGUGAUCCCCGUGAGCCACGACCUGUCGUUGCCCUUUUACCACACCAAGGCAAUCCUUGUCAUGUUUGCCUCUCGCCUGGUGGCCAUCUCUGGCGUGGGCCUGCGCUCCUUCCAGUCUUUUGACCCCAUCACAAUAAGUAGCUGCCAGAGCGAUGAGAUCUACAACCCCACAGGGCAGAGUUGUGUACAUUAUUCGUGCGAAGCCAUCGUCUGCAAGAAGCCCUCAACCCGCAAUGCAGACCUAAAGUGCAGUAGCUCUGGCCACCACUACAACGGAGACCGCUGCACCAUCUCCUGCAAUUCUGGAUAUGUCCUGCAAGUCCACCAGGAUGAUGACUUCAUCAAGAGCCAGCCAGCCUCUUCAGUGACCAUAACCUGUGCAAAUGGGCAGUGGAACAAACACGUUUCAUGUGAGCCUGUGGACUGUGGUCUGCCAGACAAAUACCAUGUUCAUCCUGCCAAUUUCACCUUCCCAGAGGGGACUACCUACGGCAACAAGAGCACCUUUCAGUGUCGGGAACCCGCCCAGCUCAUAGGUACAAACAACACUCUCACCUGCCUGGAAGACGGCCUGUGGUCCUUCCCCGAGGCUCUCUGUGAGCUCCGCUGCCCGGCCCCUCCUCCCGUCCCCAACGCUGUGCUGCAGACUAAGCGCUGCAAUGAAACGGGCCUGAAAGUCGGCACGCUCUGCAAGUACAAAUGCAAGCCGGGCUACCACGUCACCAACAAACCCAAGAGGCGCGCGUUUAAGCGUCAGUGCACGGAGGACGGCAGCUGGCUGGAGGGGGCGUGCGAGCCGGUGACUUGCGACCCCCCGCCUCCCAUCUUCCACGGCUCCUACCACUGCACCGACGGCUUCCGCUUCGACAGCGUCUGCAAGCUCAAUUGCUCUGGUCCUCCUGGUAACACCGCUAUCGCCACGGGAGGCUCUGCCCAUACGGUGAGGCUGCUGCAUCCUCCAUGCAAGCAGGCUGCGGGGUCUAACGCGAUCCGCUGCAGGAAGGAUGGAAACUGGACAGGGUCGUUCCGCCUCUGCCCACAGAGCAAAGGCCAGUGUUCUUUACCUCAAAACCUCCACCACAGCCUACAGUACUUAUGCAAGCGGGGAUACGGCAUAGGUGAGGAGUGCGAGCUGACUUGCCGAGAGGGUAACAACGACGUGGUGAUCCUCCCCAGCAACAUGACGGUGGAAAGCGUGCUCAAAGAGCACUGGAGGAACCCGCCUAAAGUCAAGAGUAUAGUCUGUACGAUGAGACUGAAAUGGUAUCCACAUCCAGAACUGCUCCACUGCAUUAAAGGAUGUGAGCCAUUCAUGGGAGACAACUACUGUGAUUCAGUCAACAACAGAGCUUUCUGCAACUAUGAUGGAGGAGACUGCUGCCAAUCCACUGUCAAGACCAAGAAGGUGAUUCCAUUCCCCAUGUCCUGCGACAUACGCGACGAGUGCUCCUGCCGGGAUCCCAACGCCGUAGAGAACCGGAGGGACCAACACGUCCAUUCCCUGGGGUGACCAACCUGAGCGGGGACCUCUGUUCAACGUCCCAGGACCCUUUCUCCAACACAACACAGCCAGAGCGGCCGAGGCAGACCCCCUCCCCCUCUCCCCCUCUCCCCCGCCACCUACCUUCAUCCUCCUCUCGGCCUCCAAUUUCCUGCACAUGCUGCUUAAAAGGCAUACCUCUCCAUCCAUACUGCAACCCCGACCAGCCGAAAUGCCUCUCCGCCUCCACAUCACGGGAAGAUCUAGAAAAAGAAGAUGGGACUCAUGAGACUUCAUGGAAAACUUCAUUUUUCAGCUGUAAAGGAAAGUAACCCUCCCCCCCUCGCAGUAGCAUCAUAAACAAACCAACAAAAAAAAAAGAAAGAAAACAUAUGUAGCAAAGACAAAAAUUUAAAAAUAAAAUUAUAUCAGCCAUUUUUUUUUUAAGAAAAGAAAAGAAAAAAGAAAAAGAAAACAACAGCAAAAACGUAACCAAGCCUAGUUAGCAUGCCUUUCGUUGAGUUUUGUGCUGGCUUCUGUGUCUAUUUUAGUGACCUUGCUGUACAACCACACGACUGAACCAAAGGUAAAUCAAAAUGUGCAAGUGGGGGAUUGACAAAUAUGAAGGAAAUCAGGGGAAGCGUUAAAAAAAAAAAAAAAAAUCCUCCUAAUAAUCCUUUGAAGGCAUGUUACGUUGUUCCUGGUUCCAAACCUGUCAGAUAUCCUGUAUCUCUACAUCCUUUUCAGUGAAGUGUGUUUCUUCAUAGGCACAUCAGAGGCUAUAGAGGUUAUUUCUAGCUUGGUGGGGAAUAGAGAGAGCCAUGUUGUUAAAGUUUAAGUCACAGAUUCAACGAACAGAGGAAACAAAAAAGGGCCAAACUCACGUACACGGAGAUGUACAAAUAAAAAAUAUCUAAUUGAUGACCAAAACACAUAAACAAGUUUCCUACUUCGAUUUAUCCAAAAUGCGUAAUGAAAACACCUUAGCAUGGCUUUUGCUUCUUCCCAUCUUCCCAUCAUUGCAGUAUCUCACAGAGUUAGACCGCUUCGUCUUCCUUGCUGCUUCACGGUACCUCUCCAUUCCGUUCACGCUUGCAUGUUUUAACCUCACAUUAAUACAAUAGUGCACGCCGACGACGCCACGCGAGCAACGCACUAAAGAACUUUAGAACGUCCGGAACCUCACCUGUUCGCCCCCCCACCCCCCGACCGCACAUCCCAUCCGACGACACGCGACACUACACGAAUCGAUCACGACUUGAAGAAUGUUAUCGACGAUGCCUCACUUUGGGUCGAGCUGAUUUUAGUUUCAGUUUGAACUCCUCUUUCUCUCUCUGUCUCUCUCUCUCUCUCUCUCUCGCUCUCUCUCUCUCUCCUAAUCGCUUGAUAAGAACCCUGUUACCUCGAGCGCCGAUUCCAAACUGAAAAAUAAAAAAGCGUCCCGGCCUUGUUCAGAAUGUAGUCAAUGCUUGGAGUCUGGAGUCUUGAUUGCACAGUACUGCACAGCACAGUCACACCAGAGUAGGGGAAUAGUGAGUUGGGUGAGAAUGAGUGUAGGUGAUAGGAGACUGUAUCUGUUAUCCCCCCCAACACAAACACACACACACACACACACACACACACACACACACACACACACACACACACACACACACACACACCUACCUUCAACCCAUCCUCUCCGCACAUGCUCAAACAAGCACACAUCUGUUACCCUCUCUCCUCCCGGUAGGACCGGACUCUCUCUUACAACGAUGUUGUACAUGAAAAUGACAUUUGGAUGUAUAUGUCAACACAGCAUUUGCAGUCACAAUACGAUCAAAUCUCCCCACGACUCUCCGCCGGGGUCCAGUUUAAGUCACACACAUUCAGCCGCCCUCUUCGGUAUAAAGUGCACUUGGUUGUUUUCCGAUCAGCGCUUUUCAGUAUUUUUUUCGACCUCCUCACCAAUUAACCUUGGCUGCUUGCUGCGAUAGCUUUGUGGGUUUGUUACUCUUCAUUUCAGGCCCUUUUUUUUUUUUGUUUUUUUCCUCUCCCCCUCACGCACAUUUGAUAAUGAAGGCUGCUUGGCGUACCGCUCCACCGUUUGCUGCUACUCUCUGGCUGCAACUGUAGUCGUGGCUUUUCGGCCGGCAUGAUCACGACCUUUCAUUUCAUUCGGGGGGGCCAACGCCACGGCCCCUCGGACUCACAUCAGGCUGCUAUAGCAUUCCAGAUCCUCGUCACAAGUACGUGGUCUCACAUUGAGCGUAGUUGAGCGUCAAUGCAAGACCAUUUUCAUGGGUUUUUUUUUGUUUUUGUUUUUUUUACAUUAGCGAAGAUCGAUACCAGAACAUACAAAGAAAGGGAGAAGGUAUUAUUUUCCACCAAAUAUAAAGGAAAAAAAGAAAAAUGAAAAAAAGAAAAUAUCAUGUAAAUAUUACUAUAUGUUCUUGAUGGACAGGAGCGUUAAGAAAAUAUGUUUUUAGGUUUAUCAUGUAUUUCAUUUUUUUUUUAUUUUUAGAAAAUGUCAUAUUUAAUCAGUGUUUGUAUUAUUAUUGACCUCAGUUACUGCACUUUCUAGUCGUCAUGUAAGAAGAAAAAAAAAGUAUAUCUUUCAAAAAUGUUUAGAAGCUGCUAUUGUCAAAAAUGGUGAUCUGAAGCAAACUGUAUGAUAUUUCGAUCAUUUGACUCCCUGUGUUGCUAUUAGCUUUCCUGUCAUUAGUGUUUUGUUUUUUUGUUUUUUUUUGUUUUUUACUUGUGUCUGACCCUAAAUCCUCUCCAUCCUAAACGGACUCGGAUAUUAUCAAUGAAGUAGGGAGGUGUUGUCACUAUGAAGCAUGUAUCCAUUCGUACAUCAUCCAUAGGGGCCGCCAGAUCCAAAACAAUUGGGUACACAUUUUGUUUUUGUGUACUGUCGGAUAUUUAAAGGUCUAAGCUUAGACUGCAUAUUUUCUUUGUGUUUCUGUCUUUUCCUCGAUGUUUGUGUAAUGCGUUGUCUUCGGUCAAAAGGUGUACAUUUUGGCAGAGAAAACCGGGAGAUGGUGAAGAAAGAAAAUGAAGAAGUUCCCAUUACAAGGGAACGGACUUUUAUGAAACUUUGUACGGACAGUCUAAAGGCUACACCAUCUUCGAAUAUUGCAUUUAACACUUUAUAUGGAAACUAUAUAGCCCUGGUUAAAAAGAAAUGAAUUGUAUUAUGUUGAUAUUAUCAAAUUAUAUGUAAUAUUAGUACUCCAGAUACUGCUGCUUUACAUAGAACUGUUACCGGUGAGAGACUGACCUGCAAUCACUACGCGAAACCAAUGACAUGCAGUGCUGUGGUUCGUCACCUGCCACCGAGGCCACUGGAAAGCCGUUCCAGCUGUUCGAAAAUGGACGAAUCCAAAUCCUUCGAAAUCAUUUGUAUGAACCAAAUCUGACUUGUCGCUUCCACAUGCUCAGACUACCUUCCAAAUAGCCUCCUCGACGCAUUACCAGAACCACCAGUUCAAAGCGUGGACACCAAAACACCCGACUGCUAUCGCUAAGAAAGGCCACAGAAUGUGACUGCAUGUCAACUUGAAAUAAUAAUAAUAAUAAUUAAAAAAAAAUCUCGUUAUUGGAGAAGGUGCCCAUAAGCCAUAGCUUACCAAGAUAGAUAGCCAUGGGAAGAAUUAAACAAUUGCGCAUUGGAUGAGGACGUCACCUCUCUACUGUAGUCAUCACAGGAUCCCUUGCUGUACCUCAUGCCUGUAACGUUUGCUGCUUCUAUAUUUUUUUUUUUUUUUUGGUAUGUUAGUGACAUUUUUUUUUUUUGCGUCUCAUAGCAAUGGUGUAAAUAGUAGAACUAUUUAUUGAGAGUGUUAUACUUUUUUAAGUUAUAUUUAAUGUCCAUGUAACUUAUUUUUUACAUUGUUCUUAUAAACCGACACAUCAUAGAGUCAAAACUGUUCUUUUUUUUUUUCGUCUCCGUCGUUAACAGUCUCGUCGCUGUCCGGCACUUAUCGGACACACACACGCACACACACAUGCAGUACAAUUCCGGCCCGCCACCUCCACCACCACCACCACAAAAGAACGUCUCUCAUUGGUCCUUAUGUGUAGAUGGACACUGCUCGUCUCCAGUGAGGAUUCACUGUGUUUCAGCACACUGAGUGCAGUGUAUCUUUUGUCUUUUUGUUGUUGUUUUUCCUUUAAAACCAGAAUGUAAAGUUUAUUUUUAUUUUUAAUUUUUUUUUGGGAAGAAUGCACACAUUAGCCGUGCAUACAAAGAGUUCUGCAAAGAAGUGUAUACUGGUCGAGUACUUAAAUAUCUAAUAUAGCAAAUGAUGUCACGAGAGCCGGCGUAAGGCGGAAGGGAUGCACGUGCUCAGCCGCGCCGGGGGCAGGAGGCAAAGAAAGGGAUCUUAAUUGAAGGGGAAAGAAGGAGCUGAUGUCAGGAGUGGCAGAGUGUUCUUGGAUGGGUUAAAAGUAGAAGGUGGGCAGUGAGAGAGGUGUAGGGAUGGGUGGGCUGCUUUUCCUGGCCUGUCUAGCUGUUUGUCCAGGUGUGAAAAUGUGUACUCACAGAGGCUGCCCCUGGGCCAGGGGUGGCCAGCCUGACUGGCAACAAGCCGAGGCCAAUGAGUCAGAGUUUCUCCUAGGGGUGGCAGCCGUCCCUCUCUGGGACUCCCCGCCGCCGCCGCCCGCCCGCCCGCCCGCCGCCCCCCUCUUCCCCCCUUACUACCUCCACCUCCCCACUCCUCGACACACUGCCUCAUCUGUCAAUGUCAGGUAUGCCUGCGCAGGGCGGCCAGGGUCAAGCUGGCCCUGUGAAAAUGAGAGAGGAUGUUUGCCCAGCAUACAGAGCCUUUUGAAGUCGGGCUGAAGGAACACAGUUCUCCUCACCCACAGCCUGUGCUUAUCACAUAAUAUCAUGUGUAUAGCAGUCUCUUUUUUUUUCUGUUUUUUUUUUUUUUUUUGACAGGCUUUGAUACCUCUCUGCGCUUUACACCAACAGCCGCUCCUUUGUUUCUAAUUUAACACCUGGUUGUGUAUUUCUUGUCUAAAAAUGGCAGAAACGUUGUGUCUAGCUCAUUAUGAAGCAAUGGGUGGGAGGGGAGGGUGGGAGGGGGGUUAGUGUAAGAACGAGCGUCUGAAGCCCUGAUGUUUUUUUUUUUGUUGUUUUUUUUUUCUGCUCAGAUCUUUGUGGAGAAAAAUACUGACGUGCCAUCUUGUUGUAAGACAUUUCCUUUGUGUGUUGUAACACAUGAAGUACCUCUCACAGGCCUCUGGUUAUAGAAUGGUCCUCUUAUGUACGUAUGUCUGUUUCCUAAUCCCUCAAUAAAUAAAAAAAGGUGAAUUGUCCCUUUUUUCUAAGUGGGAAGUUAAAAGAAAAAAAAAAUGUAUUUGCAUAUUACGUGGAUAUCUAGUGGUAUUACUGCGAUGUUUCGUACCCAAUUGCUCAACAAAUAUAUUUUAAGAUGUAAAUAAUAAUAUUAUAUGAUGAUUGUAUUUGCAAACCAUGUACUAACUGUUUGGGAGUAGCUCUUGGAUUGAUUUUUAUCAUAACUAUUAUACAAAGAAAUGAACCGUGAAAUGUUGUGCAUUGUGUCAAAGUAUCACCUGCAAGCCAGAAAAAAAAAAAAAAAAAAAUAGAAAAAAAAAAUAAUAUCUGUGAUGCUUUACCACACCACUUGCUGUCAGCAUUUGUUUGUUCAUAAUGGCUUAGUGCAAGCACUGUUGUCAGUUGUCUAAACCAUGGAUUUACCCAUUGAAUCAUUAAUUAUUUAUUUGUUGUCAAGAUGAAUAAAGUCGCAAUGGUCAUUUUCUGGGUCUCCGUCAGAAAGCGAUCCUCACACUCAAAGUUGAUCUCGACCACGCGUCGAGGGGUUUCAUUUCAAAUUUCGACCGGCACCAACUGACAACUCUCAUUUUCUCCUCACUCCAUUCUGUACCUUGUCGAGUCUUAUCCACAUGCCUUUGUGUUUGCUGAGAAUUUCACCAACACUGUACAGGUAGCCAUCGAACUCAGUAGUCCCUCCUCUCCUCUCUGAUGGCCUCCUCUCUCUUUGGUUCUUACACAGUAUGCACUUUUUCAGGCACAUAUACAACAGAUUGGACUCUUUGUGUUUCAGUCGAUGUUUCUCUCUGUUUUUCACAGUUGCAAUUAUAUUUUUGGUGCUCUGGUACAUGGCAAAAACAUGUCUGAUGUGUACUAUAUUUUCAUAAGGAAGAGUCAUAAAUAAUGAGUAUCAUGUUCAUUUUGCUGUCAUUUAUUGUGUAGAAAUAAAACACUGGUUAAAGUGAGCAUAA